AAUUCUUCCCUGCACCAGAGCUAUCGCUUUGCAGACGGAGAGCCAGGAAGAACUGAGCUGGACUAGCCCACCCGCAUGCAGUUGCCGGAGCGCGACAAGAGCGCCCUCCUUCCCCCGAUUAAUGGGGCCGCCCCAGCGCCUCCCGCGUCCCUCCCCGGAGCACCGCCAUGGAGACCCAGGUCUGCGCGAAUGGCGCCGCCGCCGCCGCCUGCUGUAGGUAGACUAAAGUGGGAUCCUUAUGAAUCGACAAUGAAACAUGAUUUUGUCUUUAAAUCUACAACAGAUCCUGAAGCAGAUUGUGCCAGAGCCGGGACAGGACAUGUCAUUCCCUUUCAAAUAGAUGAGCCAACUGCAAAAAGCAUCUACAAAGAUGAAUUCUGCUGGAAGCCAUAUUCCAAGGCAGAGCCUAUAACGAAUGGCUUUGUGACAGUAAAGGACAGGAACAAUCCUCAACCUGGAGAACGUUUCCUAAUAUGGCAACUGCCUCGAGAAGAAACAGCACUACCAAUAGAUAGCUUUUCACCAUGGACAAAACCUUUUAGUAAACAAGAUUUGGAGGAGGUACUAAAGAAGCAGUACAAAACAGUAUACUCGAGAGAUUAUUUAGGAAUACAACCAGGUGCUCCAAGGGAUGAUGUUGUUCUCCCUCCAGAUUGGAAAGCAUUACUCCCAAAGCCACCAGAUACUGAAGUCAGGCGCCAAUAUCAGACACAAGUCCGUGCACCCGAAUUAAUGGAUUUCACUUGGAAAUACGGGUGUAAUGCAAAACGUAAAGUUCCGGUCAAAGGUGCUGUGCCCUCAAUGACAAUUGCUCAGAUCUGGAAUCACGAACAUAGCAAACAUCUGUCCACCUAUCAGAAGGAUUUUGGAAAUGAUUAUCUUGAUAUCCUAUCAGUUCUGAAUUCUGUAGAUCCAGAAGAAAUUAAAGAAUAUGUGGAAAGAGCGCCUAAGCCAGAAAAAAUAAUCCUUCAGAAUUUCCUUGAUAGAGUCAGUGGAGACAAAAUAUCGCAAAGGCCUUCCUCAUCCAAGAAGUCAGACGAAAAUCCAAUCAGAUGCGUUUGAUACUUUUCAGCAAAAAAUUCAUCAAUUUUGAAGGGUGGCUGUUUCAAAAUUCAAUAUCUUAAUAGUAAACCAUUUGAAUACUAUAUUUACUUUUCUUAUACUUGAGAGUUUCUUUAGAAAAAGACUGCAGUGGCACUACUAGUUUCCUAGCACUGACAAUCUAAUAUGAAUUGAAGCAGUUUUCAGUUGUUAUUAUUAUCUAAGAUGUGGUAUGCUUGAUGUAUUGUGGAUCAAAUUUCUUAAUCCAUUCCAGUUGCACUGGAGAUUUAUUUUCAUCCUGCUUAUCAGAUUACUUUAAUUAAUUAUAUUAAUUACAUACCUUUGUUUGACUUGUUUCAAUUUUGAGAAAUGUUUAAAGAUUUUAUUCAUACACACACAAAAACAUUUAUCUUGGCUUAAAUGUAUUGAUAUAAUGAUCAGACAUUUUAAUUGGGACUCCUUAUAGAUUUAAUAAAUACAUGAGUUUUAGUUGAUAAAUUGCUGCUUUUUUUUCUUGGCAACCUGAUGGCUUCCAAUUUUGUUAAGGUUGCACCUCCUAGGACCUAGAACACUCUGCCAUAAUACUGAUGCCAAAGCAGUUAAAAAUCCCCAAAGACAAAAUUAAACAAUUGCAUUUGCAUAGGUAGAAUAUAUUUGCCCAUUUAUAAACAAUUACAUUUGCACAAGUAAAAGCAAGAGGUAUCAUCUUAAAAGAACCAUCUCAGAGUAUGAAAAAAAAUGAAUGCCAAAAGAGUUUUUAUAA